AUGGAGGCCAGGGCAAAGGAAAGUGUUAUGGAGGCAGUCAGAGCGAAGAGGGAAAUUUUGUUGAAACAAUAUAGUCAACUAAUUCCCAACUUUGAUCCCAACUUGAUCAACCACCUAAAAAAUGCAGAUGGGGAUCAAUUUUACUUGUUGCCUUAUAAUCCAGGGGGUCAUUGGGUGUUAAUAAUUAUGAGACCAGCUAAGGAGACUGUCUAUUACAUGGAUUCAUUUCCAAACCGCUCCGUUGACGAGGACAUGAGAAAUAUAGUGAAUACGUAA